AUGAUUGAAAAAAAUUUGCCCUUUCCUGGAUCGGCGGUACGCCAAUGCGCAUCGCCAGAUCAGGAUGAGGAGAGACGCUUUCAGCCGAGCCCACCUCGCUUUCCUCUCCCGCCGCCUGGUUAUAUUGGACAGAACUUUGCAAAUCCGCACUGCAUCAUGCCGGAUCUGCGUGACCGUGGAGGAACACCAGAUCAGCUGACGCCCAAAGAUGAUGAUGACGAAGACGAUGAUGAACCAAUUAUUGAAAGCUGCUGCUUUUGCUGUAACCUCGGAUUUGGAAUUCUUUUUGGAGCGCUUUUCUUCUUGAUUUUCGAUGUUGUAUUUUUGGUGCGAAAGACGAAGAAUAUGUUUUAUACGGAACUGGUCGAUACUGUCUUUGAAAUUGAAGAAAACAAGAUAACGACGGCUAUGGAGAUUAUCAGCACAAUCUUUUCAGCGUUCGCGGUUUUGGCGAGCUUCAUUUUGCUGGUUUCUGUCUGUGUUUGUGGAUCACCUGAUAAGAAGAAAACUAUGGGGAUCGUCUCCAGAUACUGGGCCUUCCAAAUCGGUCUGAAUGCCCUUUUCCAAGCAGUCGAAAGUCUUUUCAACACGAUGCCACGCGACGAUUCCGAGUUCUUUGUCUCCCUCCCCGGGAUAGGAGUGGACGAAGUUGUGGGCGGAGUUGCUAUUGCAGUGACUUGGAUAUUUACUGUGGGAUACAUUUUUGCUUAUUUCUUCAUGAUAGUGAUUCUCAUCUCCUACUCCGCCGUUUUGAAGCGCAUGGCAAAGAAGAAAAUGGAGUCUCUCUACGCAAAAAGAAGAAUAAGACAAGUCGAGAGCGAUUUGCAGUCGCAGAUUACCGUUUCUGAUAGGAUUUCUGACAUGUCCGCGUACGAGUCCUCCGUUUCCCCGACAAUCGGGGAGGGCAACUAUCAGGAUGUAAUGAGCAUGAACGGAAAAGAAAAUCUGGAAGAAAUUUAUCAACAGCGCCGAUUGCCAGUCAGACGACCAACUGGUUAUUUACCAAGGAAUCGAAGCGUUUCGCCAGACCCGAUUCUUCAGGCGCAAUUGGCGAUGCUUCAUCCUAUGCAAAAAUUUCAGUUCUUACAGCAGCAAAUCACGGCCCGCCAGCAAAUGAUGCUCCCAAAUCGACCGCUGCCGAAAAUUUCCGAAGACCAAUCUGAUCAGAUUUCCGAGCUUUCAGUGAAGAGCAAGCCCAACUCGUCCGGCCACAACGUCCGCUUCUCCAACAUCAACAAGGAAGCCACGAUCAUUGAGGAUUCGACUCAAGUGGCGCCGAGUUUUGGUCCCCGGCCAGCUAAUUAUGUCCCUGAAUUUACCCUCCCAAAUCAAAUGAAUAUGGAAGCGAAUAAUUAUUCAAGGCCAAUGAGGGCUUUUCCGGCUCCGAGAAGGAAUUUGAGCUUUUCGCUUCAGCAAAAUAAUCAAAACGGCACCCUCUAA